UAGGAAUGGGAGGGCAGGGGAAAACCACAGUUGCCAAGCAAGUGUUCAACAACAAAAAGGCGACUGGGCCUUACCGUGCAUGGGUCACGGUGUCUCAGUCAUACACCGUGGAGGGGAUAUUGCGGGACAUGUUGCUGGCGUUUUACAAAGAACAAAACGAGUCUCCCCCUAGCGACAUUUCCACGAUGAAUCGAGUGUCAUUGAAAACUGAAGCACGAUACUACUUGCAAGAAAAGAGGUAUGUCGUGUUCUUUGAUGAUGUAUGGAACACACUUUUGGGAUGACGUUGAGCAUGCUUUAAUUGAUAAUAAACUUGGAAGUAGGGUGUUCAUCACAACAAGGGAUGGGAAUGUUAUAAAUUAUUGCAAGAAAUCUUCUUUUAUUGAAGUACAUGAGCUGCAACCUUUAACUGAAAAGAAAUCUCUAGAGCUCUUUUGUAAGAAGGCAUUCUUUGACUUGAAUGGAAAUUGUCCCCGAAAUCUUGUGAAAAUAUCUUCUGAAAUUGUUAACAAAUGCAAUGGUUUACCAUUAGCAAUUGUAGCCAUGGGGGGUGUUUUAGCUGCCAAAAAGAGAGAUGUAUUUGUUUGGGAAGAUUUUAGUAAAUAUCUAAGUUCAGAACUGGAGAAGGAUCCGAGUUUAAAUGGUAUAGGAAAGAUUCUGGGUAUUAGUUAUGAUGAUUUGCCUGCCUCUCUCAAACCUUGCUUAUUGUAUUUUGGUAUGUAUCCUGAAGACUAUGAAGUUAAACAAGAGAGAGUGAUUUGGCAAUGGAUAGCCGAGGGGUUUAUCAAGGAGAAAAAUGGAAAAUCUGUGGAGAAAGUGGCGAAAGGUUAUUUAACAGAAUUGGUGAGUAGAAAUUUGGUGCAAGUCGUUGAUGUUGAUGAUGAUGAAGAUGAUUUAGCAAGGGGUGAAAGUUAUCGAGUCCAUGACCUAUUACGUGACAUGAUCCUUAAAAAAUCUGAAGAUUUAAGUUUCUGCCAAUUUAUUUCUAAAGAUGAUCAGUCAACAUUAUGUGUUAAAAGUCGACGCCUAUCAAUGGCAACGAGUUCCAAUGAUUUCAUGUUAAGUACAGAAGGCUCAUAUAUCCGUUCAUUGCUUUUUUUCAUUGAGUUCAUGGAGGAACAAUUUCCUAAACUCUUAAGGAUAAUCCCCAUAAAAUACAAGCUAUUGAAGGUACUUGAUUUUGAAGGUGUUGAACGUGAUAAAUCUGAUUGUGAAGCUCCUGAGAAUUUGGGGACUCUAAUCCAUUUGAGGUAUUUGAGCUUCAGUAAUACAAGAUUAGAGAAUCUUCCAGAAUCCAUUGGCAAACUUGAGAACUUGGAGACCUUGGAUCUAACGCUCACAUAUGUGAAAGUGCUGCCAAAGGAAAUCGGAAAGCUUAGAAAGCUGCGGCAUCUUCUGUUUGAGAGUGGUGUCAAGUUUGCUGCAUUGGAGGAUAUUGGAGGCAUGACAUCACUACAAACUCUAAGUGAUGUGAGCUUAGAUGUUGAUGGAGCACUAGAGCUAAUUACUGAGCUAGAAAAGCUGGGGCAAUUAAGAGUUUUGAGAUUGUCGAAAGUUAAGGAGCAACAUAAAAGAGCUUUAUGUUCCUUAUUAAAUAAAUUGCAGCACUUGGAGGAAGUGUUUAUUGGGGGGUUGGCAGAUCGUGAAUUGAUAAUUGAUUUGCACUUUACAGCCCUACCUAUGCUUCAAGUGCUUCAUCUUGACUGUUUAGAAUGUAAUUCGCCAAUGUGAUUUUCAGGAUGUCAAAAUCUUGUUAAGUUGAUAAUCGAGAUGAGCUCGCUAGCAGAUGGUGCAUUCCAGUCAAUCCAAAACUUGCCAAACUUGUUGUAUCUCAAUAUAGCCUUCACGGAAGCUGGUAGCACUUUGCAUGUUCAUGAUGGGGGGUUUCUGAAUCUAAAGUAUCUGCUACUUAUAAGUGUUUUUAGGUUAGAAUUCUUCCAUAUGGAUAGAGGAGCACUGCCUUCUCUGGAAUAUCUCACCUUACGCCAAAUCUACACACUCAAAGAGGUACCGAGCUUCCAACACCUAAAGAAUCUUAAAAGACUUGAGCUGGAUCAUUCAUGGAAAUUUCAGGAUAGCCCACAACUGCAAAUCAUCAAGCAUGUGCCCCUUGUACAAGUUUAUGAUGGGAACUACAAAUUAACUCAUUGCUUCGAGUUUGGAAAAGAAGUGAAUUGAAUUAUCUCAUCAGCAAUAUGAAACAAUGAGGUAUUGGGCUUCCAGUUCAAAGAAACUUAGACUCUCCAUGUGGCUUUCCACAAAAAUGGCAAUGUGGCAUUGUACCAUUCUGUUUCGUAUUUGGCAUUUCAAUUUAUAAAUAGAGUGUGUGUACUUGUUUUUCUUAAUAAAGCAAGUUAUUUUGUUAGUCAUUUUGCUUUUGAUUCAUACCAUUU